AUGGGUUCGGUGUUUCUCCCUCACCUUAGAACAGGAUGGCAUGUUGACCAGGCCAUUCUUUCUGAGGAUGACAGGUUAGUGAUUAUUAGAUUCGGAUUGGAACAUGAGUCUGAAUGUAUGCUAAUUGAUGAGAUUCUUUACCAGAUUCUGGAAAAGGUGAAGAAUUUUGCCUCCAUAUACUUGUGCAACAUUGAUCUAGUCAAAGAUUUCAAUCAGAUGUACGAACUUGAUGAUGAUCCUUUCACAGUGAUGUUUUUCUACCGGAACAAACACAUGAUGUGUGAUUUUGGGACGGGUAACAAUAAUAAGCUAAACUUCACAAUUGGGAACAAGCAGGAAAUGAUUGACAUCAUAGAAACGAUAUACCGAGGGGCACACAAAGGUAAGGGUCUUGUAGUAAGUCCCAGAGACUACAGCUUUUUAAGAAACAGAUAG